UAGUGCCAAACGUCGCCAGCCCCCCACCCCGCCACUAGUAACCACCUCUGAAGUUAGAGAGGCGGUAACCGAGGCACUCCCCCUGCUGCCGCCCGCUGUUUCCAAGGGGCUCAGAAACCAGUUUGUUUCCUCCCGGCAGUGUGUACACGUCUCGUGGGGCGUUGCCCGAGUCGGGACCCAAGUCAAACCUGAGCAGUCGGCCAAAGGCUGGUGUCAGGUGUGGGAGUCUCACUGCCCGCUUUAUAGCGGGCUAUGAGCUGCUGGUUAGACAGACUUCGUUUCUUUUUCAGGAUGUCAGUUUCGAAAUGCAGGAUGAUGCCUCUGACUCAUUAAGUUCCAUAGGAAGAUUGCUACACCUAGACCUUUGCUUAUAGAUCAUCACCGUUAUUCCUACCAACGUCUUGUGUCGUUGAGCAUAUCAGUUAAGAUGCCUUAGAAAAAGAACCAUGGAGAAGUAUGUCAGACUGCAGAAGAUUGGAGAAGGUUCAUUUGGAAAAGCCAUUCUUGUUAAAUCUAUAGAAGAUGGCAGACAAUAUGUUAUCAAGGAGAUUAAUAUCUCAAGAAUGUCCAAUAAAGAAAGGGAAGAAUCGAGGAGAGAAGUCGCAGUGUUGGCAAACAUGAAGCACCCAAAUAUUGUCCAGUAUAGAGAAUCAUUUGAAGAAAAUGGCUCUCUCUACAUAGUGAUGGAUUACUGUGAAGGAGGGGACCUUUUUAAACGAAUAAAUGCUCAGAAAGGCAUUUUGUUUCCAGAGGAUCAGAUUUUGGACUGGUUUGUACAGAUAUGUUUGGCCCUGAAACAUGUACAUGAUAGAAAAAUUCUUCAUCGAGACAUAAAAUCACAGAAUAUAUUUUUAACUAAAGAUGGGACAAUACAACUUGGAGAUUUUGGAAUUGCUAGAGUUCUUAAUAGUACUGUAGAACUGGCUCGGACUUGCAUAGGGACCCCAUACUACUUGUCACCUGAAAUCUGUGAAAACAAACCUUACAAUAAUAAAAGUGACAUUUGGGCUCUUGGAUGUGUCCUUUAUGAGAUGUGCACUCUCAAACAUGCAUUUGAAGCUGGCAACAUGAAAAACCUAGUACUGAAGAUAAUAUCUGGGUCUUUUCCGCCUGUGUCUUUGCAUUAUUCUUAUGAUCUCCGCUGUUUGCUCUCUCAGUUAUUUAAAAGAAAUCCUAGGGAUAGACCAUCAGUCAACUCCAUAUUGGAGAAAGGCUUUAUAGCCAAACGCAUUGAAAAAUUUCUUUCACCUCAGCUUAUUGCAGAAGAAUUUUGUCUAAAAACAUAUUCCAAGGUUGGAGUACAGCUUAUACCAGCUAAAAGACCAGCCUCGGGACAAAGCUUGGCUUCUGUUAUGUCUGCUCAGAAAAUUACAAAGCCUGCUGCUAAAUAUGGAGUGCCUUUAACGUAUAAGAAGUAUGGAGAUAAAAAAUUACAUGAAAAGAAACCACUUCAAAAACAUAAACAGGCCCAUCAAACUCCAUUGAAGAAGGUGAAUCCUGGAGAAGAAAGGAGGAAAAUGUUUGAGGAAGCAGCAAGAAAGAGAGGGUCGGAAUUUACUGAUAAAGAAAAGAAACAAAAAGAUCAGAUUAGUUUCAUGAAGGCUGAGCAGAUGAAAAGGCACGAAAAGGAAAGGUUGGAGAGAAUAAAUAGGGCCAGGGAACAAGGAUGGAAAAGCGUGCUAAGUGCUGGAGGAGGUGGUGAAGUAAAGGCUACCUUUUUUGGCAGUGGAGGGGCUGUGGCUCCAUCAUCUUUUUCCUCUCGAGGACAAUAUGAACAUUAUCAUGCUAUUUUUGAUCAAAUGCAGCAACAAAGAGCAGAAAAUAAUGAAGUUAAAUGGAAAGGAGAAAUACAUGGGCAAAGGCUUCCAGGAAGAGGAAUUUCACCUGGAGUACUUCCAGGAUUUCCUAAUGGGGCUGCAGGUCAUCACUGUUGUCCUGAUGUUGACACUAUUAGAAAAACUUUGAAGAGAUUGAAGGCCAUGUCUAAAGAGACUAGUGCAGACCAGCAAAGAGGGCAGCUAGCUGUGGAAAGAGCUAAACAAGUGGAAGAGUUCCUACAGCGGAAACGGGAAGCAAGGCAGAAUAAAGCUCGUGCCGAAGGACAUAUGGGAAUCCUGCAAAACCUGGCAGCUAUGUAUGGAGGCAGGCCCAGCUCUUCAAGAGGAGGGAAGCCAAGAAACAAAGAGGAAGAGGUUUAUCUUGCAAGGCUGAGACAAAUAAGAUUGCAGAAUUUCAAUGAGCGCCAACAAAUUAGAGCCAAACUUCGUGGUGAAAAGAGAGAAGUUGAUAAUUCUGAAGGACAAGGAAGUGGGGAAGCUGACACCAGGCGUAAAAAGGUUGAAGUUUUUAAGGCCCAAGCAAGUGCACGUGCUGCUGUUCUAAAAGAACAAUUGGAGCGGAAGAGAAAGGAAGCAUACGAGAGAGAAAAGAAAGUGUGGGAAGAGCAUUUGGUGUCGAAAGGAGUAAAGGGUUCUGAUGUGUCUCCUCCUUCGGGGCAGCAUGAAGUAUGUGGCUCUCCAUCAAAGCACCAGCUGAGAUCUGUUAUUUCUGUGACUUCAGCUUUGAAAGAAGUGGGUAUGGACAGAAGUUUAACUGAUACCCAGGAAAGCUCAGAAGAAACUCAAAAGAUGAGCAGUGCUAUUUCAAGUAAGCGAGAAAUACUGCGUAGACUAAAUCAAAAUCUUAAAGCUCAAGAAGAUGAAAAAGGGAAGAAGUACCACUCCGAUAUGGGUGAAGCAGUUGUUCACGAAGAUGACAAAAAGCAUGAAAAAGAAAAGUCAGUUUCAUCUGAUCGCAAGAAAUGGGAGGCAGGAGGUCAACUUGUGAUUCCUCUGGAUGAGUUUACAUUGGAUACGUCCUUCUUCGCAGCUGACAAACACACAGUAGGAGAAGUUAUUAAAUUAGAUCCUGGAGGAUCACCGCGAAAAGUCUGGGGGAAAAGCCCUACAGAUUCUGUUCUAAAGGUACUUGGAGAAGCUGAACUGCAACUUCAGACAGAACUGUUAGAAAAUAUGACCAUGACCAGCGAGAUUUCUCCUGAAGGGGAGAAGUACAAACCCUUAAUUAUGGGAGAAGAACAAACAAAAGGUAUUUCACUUGAAAGGAACAUAUCAGCUACUGGUGGUUCUUCUGUUGAGACAAACAGCCCAAAAUUUAGGGAGAUAGCUCCACAGAUGUCAUUGCAACCAGAAGGAAAUUUGGAUGAACCAGAUGACUUGGAGACAGAAGUUCUGCAAGAGCCAAGUGAAGCAGACCAAGGUGGUGGCUCACCUUGCCCUGUUAUUGACGUAUGGGUUCGUGAGAUGAAAGAAACAAGGGAAACCAAAUUUGAAGAUAGCAUUACCAUUCAGCAAGAUGAAGUUUCUGAAGAUACAGCCUCCAGGAAUAUGGAUCAACUUAGUGACGUUCAUAUAGAACCGAGAGUAGAUGAUUCUGAGCACUCUAAAUGUGACAUAGACAAAUCUAUGCAACCAGAACCAUUUUUCCAUAAAGUGUUUCAUCCCGAACACUUGAAUGUAGUCUCUCAAAUUCAGUCAAUUCUGUGUUCACCAGAAGAAUCCUUUCCACUUCGAUCUCGCUCUGAUUCCCCACCAAAAAAUAAAACCAAGAAUUCCUUGCUGAUUGGACUUUCAACUGGUUUAUUUGAUGCAAACAACCCAAAGAUGUUGAGAACAUGUUCACUUCCAGAUCUCUCAAAGCUGUUCAGAACACUGAUGGAUGUUCCCACUGUAGGAGAUGUACGCCAGGACAAUCUGGAAGUAGAUGAACUUGAAGAUGAGCACAUUAAAGAAGGACCUUCUGAUUCUGAAGACAUUGUGUUUGAAGAAACUGACACAGAUUUACAAGAGCUUCAGGCCUCUAUGGAGCAGUUGCUUAGGGAAGAACCUGGGGAAGAGUACAGUGAGGAGGAAGAGUCAGUUUUAAAGAAUAGUGACAUAGAGCAGACUGCAAAUGGGACAGAUGCGGCAGAUGAGGACGACAACCCCAGCAGUGAAAGCGCCCUGAAUGAAGAGUGGCACUCAGAUAACAGUGACGGUGAGAUAACUAGUGAGUGUGAAUAUGACAGUGUCUUUAACCAUUUAGAGGAGCUGAGACUCCAACUGGAGCAGGAAAUAGGCUUUGAAAAGUUCUUUGAAGUUUAUGAGAAAAUAAAGGCUAUUCAUGAAGAUGAAGAUGAAAAUAUUGAGAUUUGUUCGACCAUAGCUCAGAAUAUUUUGGGAAAUGAACAUCAGCAUCUUUAUUCCAAGAUUCUUCAUUUAGUCAUGGCAGAUGGGGCCUACCAAGAAGAUAAUGACGAGUAAUCCUCAGAACAUUCUUUAAUCUUCAACUGUAUGAAAGCAUUUAAAUUUGGCUCAUCAGAAUAACAAGGUUCAGUGGAGAAUGUAGCAGUUUUUUAUAAAUGAUAUAUCAGAUUUAAGAUGGGCAUGCUGAUUGCAUGAAAAAGAUGGACAAACAUUACAUUUUUCAAUUAAGAUUCAAUUGAGUUCUAUAGUUACUUCCUGCAGAAUAUGUACUUUAUUAAAUCAUCCAACCAAAGCAAAGAGACAUUGAUCCAGAACUGGACUUGAUGGUUUUGAAGAAGAUUUACCAUGAAGUAAGGUAAUUUUUACUUUCAGCAAAUGUCUUUAUGUUGAAAGAAUUACAUGGUUUGUGAAAGACCUGCCUGUGGUGUUUCAUUUGAGUAUUUAAAUAUAACCCUUUUUUUUCUGUUUACCUGUUUUCAUGACCAGCAAUUAAGUAUCAAAUAACCUCGUCAAGGGCUCUACUUAAAUCUUUACAUUUUGAAGAUGGAAUUUUUAGCCUUCAAGUUUAUAUUCUCUGUCCUUUUUCAACCAGUGUGUUUCCUGAACUAGCUCAGUGAAAAGUCUAUAGAAACAGUCUUUGAUAUCAUUGAAAAAUUUGAUUAUGAAAGAAUAGCAAAAUUCUAUUUCCUGAUGUUAAAAAAAAUAGUUAAUUACUUUUGUUUCUUUUUAAUGACAAGAACCAGGAAUAUUACACCUAAAAGUUAAUCUCUGUGUUUUAACAUUGACCUAGCAGAUAGCAUAAAGUUGUUCCUUUGUGUUUUCUCUCAUGCAUGUGCUUAUGUGAGAUUAAAAAGGAGAAAGGAAUCGUUUUUAUUUUGACACUGUGACAGUUUUGGUAACUGUUAUUCCGAAGGGGGUAAAUGCCUGCCUCUUUUAUUUUCAUUAUGAGAAGAUCAUUAAGAUGAUAGUCACACAGCUUCAUGACGUAGUUUCAUUAGCGUCGUCUCAAGUCCAGAUGCUUUCAGUAAUGAAAGCAGAUUUAUUUUGAAACUUGAGAACAGAGCAGCCUGAUUGGCAUAAUCUAUAAUUAGAACAAUAAAAUCAUAUCUGGCAGCACCAUCGGUACUGUGCUGAAUUUAUUAUGUGUAUUAUUUCUAACGUCUAAAACUACUUGAUUUUUUUACAUUUAUUUUGUAAUAUUACUAUUAAAUUCUUACUGUCUACCUGAAGUACACUAUUGGUUGGUAUAUAUUUAUUAGCAUUAUUCUCAAUAGAAUUCUUUUACACAGAGCUGAGGAUACUUUUGUUUCCUUUACCUGAUGAUUUUCUUCUUUUUUUUUUAGAGUAGAAGAAUAUUUGAAUUCUACAAUUUAAUUCUCUAUAAUCCUAAAAGAUGGGAAUGAUUUGGAGAGAGUUUUUUUUUUUUUGUC